AUGAUUAUUCCUUCGGUUCACGCAGAAACUCGCAUCCCCGUCCUUCGACAACUCAUUCGGGACAACGCACUCGGCGUCCUUACCACGGCAAUCCCCUCAGGAAAAUAUCCCCAGAUCCAAUCAAGCCACAUUCCGUUCAUCCUUGAUGUCCAAGAUGAAGAGAGUGAGACCGAGCUGGGGGUUCUGAGGGGCCAUAUGGCCAGGCAAAACCCUCAGGCCAAAGCCAUGAUCGAAGCCUUGGCUGAGUCGCCAACCAACGUUCUAAGCCAGGAAGUGCUCGUCUUGUUCACCCCGGCACCCCAUCACUACGUCACACCGAGCUUCUACACCGAGACGAAACCUACAACCGCCAAGGUGGUACCCACGUGGAACUACGCUGCCAUCCAAGCCUACGGACAGAUCACGGUCUAUCAUGAUAGCAAGUGUGAGAUCGCCUCAGGGUUUCUGUCCAAGCAAAUUGACGAUCUUUCCCAGCACACUGAGAAAUCGAUCAUGGGCUACACUGGAGAAGGAGAUCGACCAGAGCCAUGGAAGGUGUCGGAUGCACCCGGCCGGUACAUUGAUUUGAUGAAGAAGAAUAUCAUUGGCAUUGAGAUUCGUCUUGACAGGCUCGAGGGGAAAUUCAAGAUGAGCCAGGAAAUGCGCAAGGGUGACCGAGAAGGUGUUGUCGCUGGUUUCCAAAGCAUGGGCUCGGAUGUUGGCCGAUGCUUGGCGGGUAUGGUUCAAGAGCGUAGUGAAUUAAAGGAGGCGAAGGACAGCUGA